AUGGAGGGUGUGAUAAAGUCAAUCCAAGGUCUAUCCGCCAGUCCCGGCGACUUAUCUUCACUCCACCGUCUUCUGAAAGGAGCAGAGGAGAGGCUCCGAAGCAGUCGGAUCUCCGAAUCUGUACUCUUGACCAGCUCGACGCUUCCAAGCAUUCUCUCGGUUACCUCUAUCUCCUUCAAUGCGGCAACUAACAAGGCGGCUUCGAGUAGAACUUCCUUGAACACAAAGAGGCUUGAUGAUGACACUGAGAACUUAGCUCGUAGUAGUCCUGCACCUAUUGUGUUGGCUAUUGGUGCAAAUUUGUUCCUGGUGGCUGAACAAAAACUAAGAGAAGAAGAACAACGACAGAGACGUAAUCAGAAUAAAAACAUGGGACAUAAUCAAGAUCCAGGAAUGGGAGGGCAAGGAAUACCUUCUCAGUUCUCGAUGCCUUUAAACCCUGAUAUGAUGAGCAUGUUCAUGAACAUGACGGGAAACAGAGGAGGAGAUGGUAACAUAAAUGGUACAAAUGAGCAUGAGAUUCGUGUAGGCGGAAACAUCAACAUAGAUCUUGGCGCCGCGGAGCAAAUGCCUGAAGAGUUUUCAGGUGCAUUGCGAUCAAUGAUGCAGAUGUUUGGAGGAUCUCAGGAAGGUAACAAUAACAAUCCUCAAGGUACUAAUGGAAGGCCAUCUGGAAAUUAA